UAAAAUGAUGGAAUAUCAUUCAGAACAUCCUUAUAGUGCUUCUUGUGCUUAUUGUAAACACCACAAUGAACUCUUAAAUCCCUUUUAUAAUGAAAUAGACAAACAACAAGAAGAAGGCGUCUAUCGCUAUAAUUACUUGCUGAAUCUCAUGACAGCACCUGACAUGAGUGCUUAUUUAUCCAUUGUUCAUGAUGAGGACAGUAUGUGUACAUUGCCUAUCCAUCUACAAUGUCUAAUCAGUGAGGCAAAAGAAGAAAUCGUCCUAAGUACAGAUAAAAGGGCUCAGUUACGUCUAGAACGACUUCGCCGACAUCUCUGGCAGCGGUCUGGUGGUGAUUUGUCUAUUCUGAUGAUGAUUCUUAAAGAAAUCGUGACAGAUGAAGACGAGUUGGAAGACUUAUUACGACAAGAUUGAAUGCAUCAGUUUGCAUAUUUAUUUCAUGGA